AUGGUGGCAGAAUCGAAACUAUACGAUGCUUUGGGCAUCAAGCCUGAUGCCUCGCAAGAUGAAAUCAAGAAGGCGUAUCGAAAAGCUGCGCUGAAGUAUCAUCCGGAUAAGAACCAGGAUGAUCCUAAGGCAGCAGAAAAGUUCAAAGAUGUAUCUCAAGCCUACGAAGUUCUUUCUGAUCCCGAGAAACGGAAAGUCUACGACCAAUUUGGCCUCGAAUAUCUCCUCCGCGGCGGGCCUGCCCCUCCACCCGGCGGCGGCGGUGGCCCGGGUGCAAACCCAUUCGCUGGUGGCAUGCCCGGCGGCUUCUCCUUCGGUGACAUGCCCGGAGGCACUCGCACGUUCCACUUCGAAACCGGACCCGGCCGCGGCGGCAGCGGAUUCCGGUUCAGCAGCGCCGACGAUAUCUUCCGAAACUUUGCCAAAGCCAGCGGCGGCGGAAUGGGCGGGCUGGAUGACGACGAUCUCUUCUCCAUGCUAGGUGGCGGCCUUGGUGGUCGUGGAGGCGCACGAUACCGAAGCAGUCAACCCGGUUCGUUCCAGCAACAGUCUCAGCGGGCGGGGCCGACGCCGGAGCCGACGGUCAUCGAGAAGCAGUUGCCGCUGACGCUGGAGGAGAUAUUUCAAGGGUGCACAAAGAAAGUGACGGUUAAGAGCAAGACGUUUGAUGCGAGCGGUAAACGCACCGUGCAAGAUGUGACGCUGGAAGCGAAUAUCAAGCCUGGACUGCGGACGGGUUCGAAGAUCAAGUUCCGCGGUGUUGGUGACCAGGAGGAAGGUGGUCGACAGGACGUCCAUCUUAUUGUGACUGAGAAAGAACACCCCACAUUUAAGCGCCACGGCGACGAUCUCAUCACAACAGUCGACAUCACACUCAAAGAAGCGCUGACAGAAUGGGAACGCAUUGUUCGCACGAUCGACGGAAAAUCAAUCCGCGUCAAGAGCAGAACCGCCGUCACGCAACCAGGGCAGGAAGAGAAAUUCCCAGGCCUCGGCAUGACGAUCUCGAAGAAACCCAGCGAACGAGGCAACCUGAUUGUCCGUGCAAAUGUCAAGUUCCCAGAGACAUUGUCGGCGAGUGCGAAGGAGGUGAUAAAGGAUAUCCUUCCCUGA